AUGCUGCUGUUCAGAGUGAGCGACUCGUUGCGUGCGCCUGGGUUUGCGAUGCUGACUGUCGUUCGAUUAGGAGGCGGCGAAGACAAGAGAAAGCGCGUAGCACGCGCAGCCGACCCGGAGAUCCCGCCGGAGCUCAAUAUUUUCAAGAAUGCGCAGGGUGGGAGCACGAGUGCCAGUACCAGUGUGAAGCGGAAAGCGGCGGCCUCCGGCAAUGGGGCAACUCGCGCAGGUGAGGCGGGCACGUCAGCCAAACGGCAACGUGUAGACGAUGAGGACGUGGACCAGGGGGGAGGACGAGGAUGA